AUGGCACCCGCAGACGCAAUCCUCGUCGAGAUCCAGGCGCCAUUCGCCAUCGUCACCCUCAAUCAGCCGCAGAAGAAGAAUGCUCUCGACUCGACACUCUACAAGCGGUUGUCGUCCAUCUUGCAGGACAUCGACCGCAAGCCCGAAGUCUUCGUGACCGUCCUCACCGGAAAGGGCGACUUCUUCAGCGCUGGAGCUGAUGUCAAGGCUACUCGGGAAGAUUUCAGCGGCGAGGACGCUAGGGUCUCGGCGCUUGAGCGGCUGAGCGGCGGUAACCUCGACCUUACGCGAUCCUUCUACCGGCACAGCAAAAUUCUCGUCGCUGGACUCAACGGUCCGGCGAUCGGCUUGUCUGCGGCUCUGCUAGGCUACUGCGACUUCAUCUACGCCGUCGAGAACGCCUACUUCCUCACGCCUUUCUCAGCAAUCUCCCUCGUCUGCGAGGGCGGCGCAUCGCAGAGCCUCGUCCAGCGAAUGGGUCUCGCAAAGGCGAACGAGGCUCUUCUGUUUGGCAAGAAGCUUUCGGCGCAGGAGCUCCACCAGAACGGCUUCUUCAACGGCCUCUUCCCGCCGCAGCCCGACACGUCUUUCCGCAAGGCGCUCCUCGCCGCGCUCGAGCAGCAGCUUGCCGGUCUCGAGCUUGACGCGAUCGUCAAGUCGAAGCAACUCAUCCGCGCUGCCUUGCCCGACCCCGAGCAGGCCAACACCCGCGAAGUCUUCGCCGGCGCCGAGCGCUUCGCAACAGGCAAGCCGCAAGCACGCUUCGCCCAACUUGCCUCGAAGCAGAUGCGUCACAAGAUCUAG